AUGAUUAUGGUAUCAAAACAGUCCGGUCCAUCAUGCAUUAGCGAAAAAUUACCUGUUAUCUUUGUUAAACAACAAUGGAGCAAUGAGGAACUGAAACUUGUAGAGUCAAUUAUUCAGGAAUCACUAUCCAUCAGAAGACAACUAUGGCACGAUGAAAUUAAAAAAUUAAGCACACUGCAAGGCAGAAAGGCUCAAGAAGAACGUGUAAAAAAGUUGAAUCACUGGAUCGAUAAUACUUCCGUACAAUACCACUGCUUUUCGCCUUCUGAAACUGAUUUUAAGAAUAAUUUGAUAAAAGUUUUGCAAUCGAAAGCACCAAUCAAAUGCACUCACCAGUUAAUAACAACAGUCUCCCACAGACCACCGGCGUUACAUUGGACAUCGCUACCACAGUCGGAUGAAGCCCAAAUAACUUUUAAAAUAGCAUUCCCUCAAAGCUGUUUCACGAUAAGUGAAUUAUUUGAAUUGGUGAAAAAGAUCAGUAAUGUUUACAGGUGGCAAUACCAGUACGAAUGGAGCCAUGGAGUGCUUUUUAGAAACGAAGCUGCCAAGAUUGCAAUAAUAAAACACGAUGCAAAAACAUUAGAGAUAUCAGGCAGAAUUGAUAACGCCAUUAUGGAUGAUAAUUUUGACACGAUGCCGAUGAAAUCCGUGUGGCCUUAUUUAUCUAUUGCUUUGUCUGUCGCCGUGCAGUAUUUCGAUGAACUUUCGUUACAGUACAUAAUACGAAUUAUUCCGUUUGGCAGCAUCUUUUAUAAAGAAAGUGAUGCUCUUCCUCGAGCAUUUGAUUUGACGCAGCUGCUGAUCUCGAAUGAUCUUUUGAAACGAGUUGCCUAUCGAGAUAACGGGACUCUUUAUCAUUUGAAUCUGGUACAAUUGUUCCCAGAACUGAAACCAAAAACAAUUUCCGAAAUCAGUGAAAUGAAAGCGAGAAAUACUAACAGUACAAGAAAAGAGGAAAGUGAUUUGAGAAAUGACAAUACAUUUUUAUCUUUACCAGAGCGCGCUUAUCCUAACAGUUGCGGUCGACGAGUAUCGUUUGGUACCAUAAAGUGUAUCCCACAACCACCUCAAAAGGAUCAUGUAGAGUUAGAUGUCGAGUUAGAUGAUGUGUCAGAUGAAAAGCCUACAGGGAUACAAUAUGAAAUAAUGCUUGAUAAUUAUGUGGACCUAAUCCUGGACGAAACAAUGAGCCAAAUCAAAAUUUCGACGCGAUUAGUUACGUGUGUGGGAGGUUGGCAAGGUGACGUGGCGUGGGUUUCUUUUUCCUUGAGUUGGUGGAGUUGUCUAGGAACUACUGGUAUCUGUUGUGAAGUUGAUAUUUUGGAGAAAAUAUCAUUUCUCCGUGCUAUCUUUGUGGAUUGGUAUAAGAGCUGUUUUAUCUGGACUGGAAUCUCAUCAGGAUUGUCAGCGUUUGAGAAUCACAGAAAGUGGUGUCACAAUUAUAAAAAAGCAAUGAAUGUGUUAAGCAAAUUUCUAGUUGGUACACUUGGAUUAAAAAUCAACGAAGCGACGUGCUAUGAGAUGGUGCAUACGUGGAAUCCCAAUUGUUAUGGAGCUAUCUUCGAUUCAUUGCGGCAUGGAUGGUUAUUUUCCUUCAAGACCUAUGUCAUCUUUUACAGUUUGACUAACAUCUUUUCGGCAAAGGAUGUACGACAAGUUUGUUGGCGUAAAAUAUUAGCUGAUUCAGUUCGAUCUUCUUUUUUCUUAUCAACUAAUUUAAUUAUUUUCCUUUGGCUAAAUUGUCAACUAAGGAAAAUAUUGGGAUUCUUCACCGUUCCAACACUUGGUUUUAUGAAUGGUAUGAUUUCUGCAUUAGUUGCUAUUUUCAUCGAAAAUCAGAAGAGAAGGCCUCUGCUAGCCUUGUAUCUAACGAACUUGGCAUCAGAAACAGCUUACCAUCAGUUGGUCAAUCACGGUUACCUGAAAUAUAUACCAAACGGUGCAGUGAUUGUAUUUGGAAUUGGGCUUGCAGGAUUGCUUCAUUUAUAUUGUAAGGACAAACUUCACAGCAAUUUAAGGAAAUCUAUCGAUAUACCAGCGGUGAAGCGUCAAGUUCGAUCUUCUGUCAUGUUCAAGGAUGUAUUCUCCAAUCGGAACUGCUCUGCUAGUGCUACGGCAAAGGUGUUUUUCAAUAAUUUUUCUCAAGCUCUAAUCUGGAGUGUUUGUAUGGCGAUUUUGAAAAUUGGAAAAGAAAUGAUACGCCAACCGACUGCGUCUGUUAGGCGUAUUCUGAGAUUUCGAACUCUACGUCUACCACUAUUUUAUGGAUUUCUGGCAUUACUGUUUCAAGUUUCACGAUGUGGCUAUAGUUGGUGUACAAAUCAGGUUUCACCGUUAUCUCUUUGUGGUGCAAUAGGUGGUUUAUCAUUAUUUUUCUAUCCUAAUAUUUCAAUUGCCAUGUAUGUCUUCUGGAAAUUUGUAGAGGGCUUCUUCUUUUCGUAUUGUAAAAACCUGGUGAUACCUUAUGGAGAUGUAAUUCUUUACGCGCUUUCGACGGGUUAUGUUGCAUGGAAUGCAGUAAUUGAACCUCAAACGCUUAGGGAAGGCUAUUGGAAAUUUCUUGUUGGUCUUACAGGAAAUAAAAUUGAGCUACUAAAUAGACGCUUGUUUGAUAUUUUUGGAUAUAAUUCUUCGAAGAAGUUUCCCCAUUUUAUACCCAAGCUGGAUUCAAGGUUCACAUCAUUUAAUGAAAUAUGGUCAAUAAUUCAUCAUGAUUAG